AUGAUUCCAAAUACUUUCCAACGACGAAGAAGGGAGAGCUCAAGGAAGAACUCAAUUCACAGUAAGUACAAGGAUAAGAGGAAAGAUGCUGUUAAGAAGGUUAUUGCGGCAAUGACUGUUGGAAAAGAUGUUUCAUCUCUUUUCACCCAUGUACUCAACUGCAUGCAAACUGAGAAUCUGGAGCUUAAAAAGCUUGUUUACUUGUAUCUCAUUAACUAUGCUAAAAGCCAGCCUGAUCUUGCUUUCCUCGUUGUUAAUACUUUUGUUAAGACCAUUCUCCUCAAGUCUUUGUAA